ACAAAGGAAUGCCCUUAAACAAUGACACACCCUUAGCAUGGCACUACCCUUACCCACCCUAUGACACAACCACUGCUUUCUUUAUUCACAUUAUUACUGUCAUCUUCCUAAUAAGUUGCAUUGCAACAAACUUCACACUUUCAAAUUGAAACCAUAUAUAUGGCAUUAGCACCUUUGAUUUAUGCGCGCUGUUGUUACUCUCCACCAAUUGCUUCUCGCUCAUCUCCUCAACCUUCUUCUUCAUCCUCCCCUUGCUGUUCUUCAUCAUCAUCUACUCCUCCUAACUCCAUUUUCAGUUCCCUUUCUGGUGCAAACAGAGGAGAAAGACACGAGAACCUUAGAGCUCAAGCUAUGAGUACUACCACUCAGGGAACGUCUCCUGCUAGAACCUCUGGGAAUCUGAAAAAUGAUCCCGAUCAUCUCCUUGUUCUUGUCCAUGGUAUCUGGUCUAGUCCAAGUGACUGGACUUAUGCAGAGGAAGAGUUAAAAAGGCACCUUGGAAAAAGCUUUUUAAUUUAUGCAAGUUCAUCAAAUGCUUACACUAAGACAUUUACUGGGAUUGAUGAAGCUGGAAAGCGAUUAGCUGAUGAAGUCAUGCAAGUUGUAAAGAAGACAAAGAGCCUGAAGCGAAUAUCCUUUCUGGCCCAUUCUCUUGGAGGCCUCUUUGCUAGAUAUGCAAUUGCUCUUCUCUAUUCACCCGAUACAUAUAAUAGUGGCCAACCUAGUGAUCCAGCCAAUUGCGUGAUGGAAAAUUCACAGCGAACAGACUUUUCGAAAGGCAUGAUUGCUGGACUGGAACCAAUGAGUUUUAUUACUUUAGCAACUCCACAUCUUGGUGUAAGGGGGAAAAAACAACUUCCAUUUCUAUUCGGUGUUCCGAUCCUAGAAAAGCUCGUUGCACCUAUAGCUCCAUUGUUUAUUGGUCGGACUGGUACUCAGCUAUUCCUUACUGAUGAUAACCCCAACAAACCAUCCCUUCUUUUGAGAAUGGCUUCUGACUGUGAAGAUGGAAAAUUCAUAUCUGCGCUUGGAGCAUUUAGAUGCCGGGUUGUUUAUGCUAAUGUAUCAUAUGAUCAUAUGGUUGGGUGGCGCACGUCCUCCAUAAGGAGGGAAGUCGAACUUGGUAAGCCUCCACGCCAAUCUUUGGAUGGAUACAAGCAUGUUGUUGAUGUGAAAUUCUGCCCCCCAGUUCCUUCCGAUGGACCUCAAUUUCCCCCUGAGGCAGUGAAAGCAAAGGAGACUGCACAACAUUCCCAGAAUAAUGUAGAAUUUCAUGAAAUUAUGGAAGAGGAGAUGAUACAGGGAUUACAACGACUGGGAUGGAUAAAAGUUGAUGUCAACUUUCACUCAGCAGUUUGGCCUCUCUUUGCCCAUAGCAACAUCCAUGUGAAAAAGAAAUGGCUUCACAAUGCUGGUGUAGGAGUAGUCGCACAUGUUGUUGAUAGCUUAAAACAGCAAGAAACAUCAUCAAUUUUACCAACAUCAUAAAAAAAUAUUGACUACAUCAUUUGUAUGUACAUAUUUGAAAAUAAGAAACAAGAUAAAAGUGAUUCAUAUAAUUAUUAAUAGUGAAAAUAGACACAGAAACCAUUCUAAACUCAAACAAAACUAAGCUUAGACAAGAAGCACCAAAACAUUUGGAAUAUUGUGAGUCAUGUUUUAGCUUCUGCAUGAUUAACAGAAUGAUGCAUGAUAACUGUUUUCCUUUACCAUGGCAUGGCCAACAGUAGAAAUGUGGAUACUACUAUUAUCCAUCAAAAUCAUUGUAAAAAGGAUUUGAGUAGCAAUUAUAUGUUGGAUUACUAAAAAGUCUUAUAAAUGAUGGUUUGUGAUUGAA